CAAUAAUUAAUAUUUACCUUUUUUUUUCUUUACUCAAUAUUUUUUAUUCUUUUUCCAAGUAAGGAAGUUUUUUUCACUUUCAUGAUUUCGGCAGAUUCUUUACCUUGGUGAACGCGAGCACCUUCAAUUCACGGCGGCAAAUUUCCAUUCUCACAAGCUCUUGUUAUAGCAACAGAUUUAUCCUUAUAUUUUGUGGUUGGAAUCAAUAAUUUGUUGCUUUUCGUUUACUCAAAGCAAUUGACGGCAAAAAAAGUUUCCAUUCAUGACAAAAGCCAACUCUAUAUUAAGAGUGAAUAAUAGAUUGAACUUGAGUUCCUUUUGGAACAGAUUGCUUAGUAAUGGAGUUGUUGAGAGUAGUAAUCGCAGUUGUCAUAAUUGUGUCAUGGCAACUCCACCCUGCAAGCGGCUUCUGGUGGUCUUCCUCCGACACCGCCGCAACUCCGCCGUCCGUGAGCAACCACGGCGGAGCAGAAUUUGCGUUGGAUUCAUUCGAAAACGACGAAUGGGCCAUGAAUCUAAUCGAAAACGGCAAUCACCAAAUGCGUGCAUCACAAUCUUGUUGGGUGAAGGCAUACGAAAAUCUAUUUGGCGGCUGUACAAAGAUCGCCGCCGAUGAAGAUUUCAAGGACAGGCUCACGUGGGAUCUCAGCGAUUGCUUUCAGAAGCAUUCCGGCCGCCGGCCCUUCCCUUAUUGCAACCCCAAAUAUCCCACCAAAAACUGCCUCAACCAAUUAGAUAAGGAAGCUCAUAAUGUUUUCUUGCAAUACUUUCUACGGAUUGAUUCCAUCUGCCAUCAGUUGCAAAUUCAUGCGUUCAAGGAUCAAACGGAGAGGUUGGUGAACGAUCUGAAAAGAUCCGCAGAGUAUGCGGAGGAUAAAUUACAGAGCAUCAACGAGCGUGGCGAGAUUUUACUCGUAAACUCCAAACAUGUUAAUGCCACGUUGGCCUCAAUCGAUGAGCAGACUCAGCUGGUGGAAGAAAGGUCGAGAAAUCUCCAAGAAAACCUGCACGUUGUCAAGGAUUAUACAGUGGAAGUUCAUGAGCAAUCCAAGGAGAUUGCAGCUGCUCAAGAGGAGAUGAUACAAGGCCAGGCCAAGAUGAGAGAGAGGCUGAAUGAAGAAAUGGCGAUUCUUCAUGAUUCCUACGCUAGUUUGGGCGCCGGGAUUUCCGAUGUAAGAGACAAAACAGCUGAAAUCGAGAGAGAGGUUGGCCGAGUGGGAGAUGCUAUGUUUUCAAGAAUGACUAGUCUGCAUAACAAAGCAGAUGGCAUUGAGAAUUUGACAGCAACUUCUUUGGAUAAUCAGAAGCUGCUUCUAAACGGGCAGACGACCGCCAUUAACGGCGUUCGUCUGCUCACCGCCUUUCAAUCAAAGGCACUCGAAGAAAGCAGGGGUGCUUUGCAAGAGUUGGCCGUAUUCGGGAAGAGGCAGCAAGAGGAGCUGCUCAACCGUCAAGAGGAACUGAAUCGACUACAUAAUCAACUUGCAGCGAACUCAAAGAAAAUACUAGCAACUCAGGAAGCUUUUGAGUCGAAGCAGGCAGGAAUACAGAAAACCUUAGACAAGUUGUUUAAGCUGCAAAAGGCGAUGCAGACAGAAUGGAGAUCAAUCGAGAUCGUCAUCAUCUAUUCACUCUUGAUGCUCGUGAUCUACAUCUUCACGAGCACGAAACAAACCUACAACCUUAGACCACGCCUUUACCUCGCAUUGUGCGUCUCAUUCUCAAUUGAGCUAUGCACGCUGUACUGGAGCUUUGAGCAUCAGACUUGGAUCCGGACGUCGACUAGAUCAGUGUUCCUACUUCUGGCCUCCAUCCAAAUUGUGUAUUCCAUCUACACGUACAGAGACUAUGAAAUGCUGAAUCAUGAGAUGCUUUUGAGAAUAAUGGAGAAGAUUAAUGGAAUAGAAAGAAAGCAAGAAGAGAGUGAUGAUGAAUGGUCUUCAUGGAUCGACGCGGAUUUACCAGAAGAUGUAGGGAUGUUGGAGGAUCCAGAUUACUAUAUUGCAGAAACAACUUCCAUUUCUAGCACAUACAAUCUACGUAGUCGAAAUAAAUACUAAGUUCUGUUUUCUUGCAAACAAUAUUCAAAAACUUGUGAUUAUACUUUUUUUGUUCUUGCUGUUUUUGUACAAUGUUUUCAUGCAAGAUGGUUGGUUUUCAAAUCUACCAAAUUCUUACA